GCGACGGGAAAGAAGGCAAUAGAGAACACCGGGCUCCCCCCCAGGCCGGUACCCACACCUGUCCUCCCGCUUCCGCCGAAAAGCUUCUGCGCUCCCUCCGCCGCCGGAAAAUAGUCCCCCUCCUUCCUUUCCUCCUUCCUGCUUGCCUCUCUCAACAGGCUCCGCCGCGAUGGCGCUGAAGAGAAUCCACAAGGAGCUGAAUGAUCUGGCACGUGAUCCUCCAGCGCAGUGUUCAGCAGGGCCUGUUGGAGAUGAUAUGUUCCACUGGCAAGCAACAAUAAUGGGACCAGUAAGUAGCCCUCCAAUUUUAAUUAUGAUAGAGGCAAAUAUCCUAUAUCGUCUUCUAAUAGCUUUGUCUUUGCAGAAUGACAGCCCCUAUCAGGGUGGGGUGUUCUUCUUGACAAUUCACUUUCCAACAGAUUACCCCUUUAAACCGCCUAAGGUUGCAUUUACGACAAGAAUUUACCAUCCAAAUAUUAACAGUAAUGGCAGUAUUUGUCUUGAUAUUCUACGGUCGCAAUGGUCUCCAGCAUUAACUAUUUCAAAAGUACUUUUGUCCAUCUGUUCUCUGUUGUGUGAUCCCAAUCCAGAUGAUCCUUUAGUGCCUGAGAUUGCACGGAUCUACAAAACAGAUAGAGAAAAGUACAACAGAAUAGCUCGAGAAUGGACUCAGAAGUAUGCGAUGUAAUUAAAGAAAUUAUUGGAUAACCUCUACAAAUAAAGUUAGGGGAACUCUGAAAGAGAAAGUCCUUUUGAUUUCCAUUUGACUGCUUUCUAUGAGCCCACGCCUCAUCUUCCCCUGUGCACAUGUUUACCUGAUACAGCAGUGCUGCGUGUUGUACACACUUGGAACAACGAAAUACUGUAUUCCAUACCAACAUUGACUCCUAGCAAAGAAAUGUGUGUGAAAAGCCAGUUCUUCUAUCAAAGUCUAGUUGUGAGCAUAAAAGCAUUCCUAAGAGAUUUCAAUUGGGCACUAAAACCAAGCGUGAAGGGAGAGGGGGAGAAUAAAUUGUUUCUUGUGUUUCUGGGGACUUUUGGUGAUUCAAGAGGAUGCUUUUUAAAAAUGGAAUCCUUUUAAACUCAUAACUGUAAUGAAAAAAAUGUGAAGAACUUAAAGCUGUUCUGUAUUUUAUUCUGAAGGACCUACUAAGGUAAAUGUAUGACCAAUGAGAUCAAAUUGUACCUACAUCCUGUGUUUAAAAGUCUGAGUUUAACUGGUCAGAAUUUAAAUGCAUUGGAGCUAUUAGUGCAUCAAGUGAUGUUGAUUUUAUUUCAAAUCUCCCCCUGACCCUUUCCCUACCUUUCAUAAUUUUGGUUUGUAUGUGUUUUCUCAAUUAACAUAGCUAAUAGCUCUUAUUUUCUUAAGUUUUUAAUGGCUUAGGUCUUUCUGGAUGUAAGGGUAAAAAUUCAUUUGACAGACUUGUGUAUAUUUAAAGACCCAGCUGCUCCCUUGGAGCUUGUACGUUCAAGAAUGAUUAAUCUGUGUAAUAAACUGAUUACUACAGUCAUUACAU